CCGGAGAGGAAGGAGCGCCCUCAGCUCCAGUACGUCCUCGCCUCUCACUACGGCUGACAGGGUAAUUUGAGAAAAUAGCGGUAGGGGAGGAGAUGAGCUGGAAGAAAAAAAAAAAAAAAAGGAAGGGAGAAAAACAAAGAGGAAGGAGUAAGAGCACAACUCGUUGGCGUCCGGAACACGUGGAGACGGAUGAGGAGGUCUAUCAUACAGCUGGGACCUUGGGGGUUCCAGUAAGCUACUCUUGUGACGGAAUUUAAUGUUGGCACUAAUGCAUUAAUUUUACGUGUUCUUUCUCUCCGAAAGUUACUUUGUAAGUAAUAUGACCGUUUUGUAACUUUUGGUGAGAGGGCAUGGGAAUGGGUUACUUUGAAUAAUCAAUACCGAAUGGAGUUUAGAAUUUUUGGAAAAUAAGAAGAAAAUAAAGAGUCGAGUAGAUCCGAGAGAGGGCAUGGAGAGACCGUGGACGAGGGGCAUUAAACCCGGGUGGACUUUGCUGAUGCGGCCGCUGCUAAUUUUCCUAUUUGCUGGGCGAGGGGCAGCAGAGUGUGAGGACUGCCUGGAAUACUGCUGUGAUGGAGAGCCUCCUUUCUGCUGUUCGUACUAUGCCUAUGUGGGGGAUGUGCUCUCGGGCACAGCGAUAUCAGGAAUCGUGUUUGGGGUGGUGUUCCUGAUGGGCGCCGUGGCGGCUGUUUUCCUGUGUGUGUGCAUGUGUGUGAAGAACGGACGGGGGGCACGGGUGGGGGUGUUCGGAACCUCCCACAUCAACACUGUGUGUAACGGAUACCCAGGCCCUCCCCCACCCUACAACUAUGACUAUGAGAUGAACCCCCAUGACAUCCUGCCCCCUCCCUACACCCCCACCCCACCGAGGACUGCUGACUACUCCCCUCCUCCACCUUACCCGGGCUCUACCCGCAAAUAGCCCUGUUUAGCCUGGCUGGUCCCUGAAGUAGCCCUGUUUGGCCUGGCUGGUCCCUGAAGUAGCCCAGCUUAGCCUGGCUGGUCCAUGAAGUAGCCCAGCUUAGCCUGGCUGGCUGGACUGAGGUCACUGCAGACCGCCUGACACUCACAGCCCACCCCAGCGGCCCCGUUCGGCCCCUGUCCUGGGGGGAGUGCCGCCCCCUGCCUGCGACAUGUGUCCCAGUGCGUCAGCAGUGCGGCUCUGUGACCCGGCUCUCUGUCUGCCGCCUCCCACACAAUGCCUGGGCUAUUUAUUUAUUCAUAUCAUUAUUUAUUCACUCCUGUCCCUGCUGUAGUGUGAGCAGAGAAAAUGUAUAAUGUAUUAUAAUUAUGAUGACGGCGAUGGUCGCGGUAGCCGUGCGUUUGAAUGGGAAUGGACCGGAAGCUGAGGUGAAGAAACGGAGGUUGUGUUUCCUCUCCUGCACCGGAGAUGACAAACUGAUUUCAGUUACAGGUACGGGUGCCCAAGGAGACUGUGGACAAAUCCUCCAGCCAAAUGCAUCACUUCCUGUGGCACCUUAUUUCUGUGGUCAUCUUGCACUUCCACAUUAUUUGCUGCUAGGAAAGAACUGUGAUAUUAUCAGAGAGAGGCAUCCCUGUCUGGCAGUCUGUAAUGAGCUAUAGCUGAAGGCAAGUGUCUCUCUCCUGACAAAUAGGCCGAUGUAACAGGCAGCUUUGUGUAGAGGAUUUAAUGUACUGAGACCACCUGGAAACUUUUUUAGUUUUUUUUAUACUGUUUUCUUAUCUGGACUCCGAAGAGGUUGAGAUGUUCUCGAUCGGCAUAUUUAAGUGUAAGAGUAUUGUUGUAUUAUUGUUUAUAAAAUGUUUUGUAUGCAUCAUGAGGAAUAAAGUG